AUGGCACCUCCCAAAGGGACCAAAAAAAGGAAGCCCAACUUUGUGGCUGCAGAGAUGGACAUCCUGAUUGCUGCACUCCAGCAGCAUAAGGAAGUCCUAUAUGGUGCCCAGCGGGCAAAUACCACCAUUGCCCAAAGGAGGGCUAUAUAUGAAGCCAUUGCCCUGGACAUCAAUGCCCUGGGUAAUGAAGUGCGUACCUGGGAUGACAUCCAGAAGAAAUUAAAUGAUAUGAGGCGCAGGGUCCGUGAAAAACUGGCUCUUAUCAGAAAGCAUACCGGUGGCACGGGAGGUGGUCCGCGAUGUAUGAUCCGGCUCAAUCAGGAGGAGCAGCUUAUUGCACAAACGUUCGUGCAGGAGCAGGUGGAGGGACUUGAAGGGUACGACUCCACUGUUGGGAACUUGGGGACUGGUGGUGAUGAGGAAGAAGAAGCUGGGCCGUCUUCGGCUGCGGCUCGACCCAGCCCAUCCAGACCAGAGCCAGGGGUCCAGUCAGGCCCCAUGGACAUUCUGGCUAUGCUGGUCCAGGAGGAGAUCAUACCGGGGCCAAGUAUGGAGGAGCAAGUGAGCCUGGGGGAAAUUAGUGGCAACUCUAAGGCCAUAGUCACCUGCUUGGUGGCUCUGGAGACCACACCAGCUUUGUUAAGCAGGAUGACAGCUGCGGUGCAGGCCAACACCGCUGCAGUGCAGGAGGAGGCGAGAGUUACCCGCCGGCAUCAGCGGGAUACCACCACCCGCCAAAUGCGGAUGUUGGCCCAGACCAACACCAUCCUUGCCCGCCUGGCCAACGCCAUGGAGGGCAUGCAGCCACCACCUGCAAGGAGUGUGGAACUUAUGGAUGAUUUGUAUGAUAAAGCGAAAGCCUUCCCCCAUUGUUCAUUGGAGAAGGAUUUACCCAACUCCCUCUCCCACGCUCUCACAUAA